AUGCCUCUUGCUAUCGAUGCGCGAAAGCAUGUGGGUGUUUGGCAUCAAGUUGAACUCCCAGUGUUCUCCUGGGCGGUGAUUUUCUCCUUGUGUUUCACAAUAGUCGACCGAUACAGGGAUUUCGCGUUGCUGCUAGAGAUGAAGAACAGUCCAUUCUAUGUCGAAGAUCCGCUCAUCCGUGGAGCACUACUGUUCGGAAUCUUCGCAGCCGUUGUGGCAGUAUACGAAUAUUGGCGCCGCAUGCUGUGGCGUGAGAGCUGCGUCGCUCAUUUUGGAUACACUUAUACCGACGUUGAUGUCUCUCAGAAGGACGGAGAAUGCUCUUGCCAGUCGUGCGAAGAGCGGCAAAGACUUGGCAUCUCUGCCUUGUCACUUGUGUCGUCGUCGCGCUGCGUGCAGCUAAGCAGCGAUAAAGUGCGAAACAUUCGCGCGCAUCGCCAGUACAUCAGAGCAGCUUUCAAGUCACUGGGGCCAGAACUGAAGACUCAGUGGGGUGCUCUUGCACCGACAGAGAGGGCGCCACUCCUGAAAAGUGCAUUCCCGGCCAUAUCCAAGUAUCACCGACCAGAUUUCCUCGACGUUCAGAAACCACUGCGAAGCGACAACAAGAAAGCGAAGCACACACGUGUGGCGUACGAGACGCCACAAAUCAACCUCGAGGACUUGUGCAGGUUCGAUACUGCUUUGGUAUUGGCCAGAGAUCGUGCGAAAUAUCCUCUUUCGAGAUUUGUGCCGUUCGACUUGGCUCAAAUGGACAACAAUGCCUCAAAUCACCACGUGCCGAAAGCCCUUGUGGGCACCUGCAUGGUCUUCGGCGACGAGAGUGCGAACAGAUUUGGUGCACUUGCGAAGUUCUGGAAGUUGCGUAGCGAUGAUCUGUACGUGCUCAACCCCAUCAGCGGAAUUCGACUUCUCGAGAAUACCGCGUACAUCCUGUUAGGUUGCGAAAGACUUCGCUAUGGACUGCUGCAAAAUACUGGUCUAUCGCAAGGCCAGCUGAUGGUGGGCAGUCUCGAGGCUCGACCACAAGGUGCCACGAAUCUCUACCUGGUCACAUACAGGGAAGAUCCACCGCAAGUCACAACGCUGGAGCGGGACGCUUCCUACAAAGUUCCUGGUCAGCUCAACUUCCACGAGCUGUUACGUCUUGUACAGGUGAAAGUAACCGAAGCUGAAGAUCACUUGGGGCAACUGCAUGGCGGCAGUAGAUAUCUGAUCGCCGAAGCGCAGACAUGGGCGAAUCAUUUGCCCGACACCGCCGGCAAUCAUGCUGAGAAUUCUGAAGAGACGCGCUUAGAGGCCAAACGUGAGGUCUCUGGAUUGAGCGAGCAGAAACGGAGCAAAGUCGUGAAGGGUAUUGCAGCUUCGAAGGAAACGAUCAAGCAAGCAUAUUUCUCAAUUUUCUUCUGGCGAAAGACCGAAGCGAGCCUUGAGAGGCUUGCAGAGCUAUGUGCCGGAGUUGCUCUUCAUGACACCGCCGCAUCGCUGAGCGCAGAGGCACAGAAAGAGUUUUGCCUGCUGCAGUGUCACCUACUACGCAUCAUGGAGCGGGACCAACGCUUGAUAUCUGAGGGCUUCCCGAUGUCGCCUACGAUGCACAAACACUUCGUCACCAGUAAAAAGCUUCUUCUGUCCGAGGAGGAAGAGACUUUAGACCAACCCUUGUCUCUACCUACACUCAGCCCUAGAAAGACCAUGAACAACGACGAGCUUUGCGCCUUCAAGUCGUUACAACUUCUCGUGCAACAGAACCCGCUCACACACGCAGGAUAUAGGCGAACAGUUGAUCAAGUGCAGUGUCUUUUGGACAAUAUUGGUCCAGUGAAAGACUGUAUUAGCGAUUGGACGAAGGCAAAAAUCAUCGAAAUGGCCGCUGCUUGCAAGCUGUACUACAAUCUGGACACAUUGUUACCGCACUGCGUGAUGUGGAAAGCUAAUUGGCCAAACGCCGUGGCGGCUGUAGACAGCUUGGAGACUUCGAUCGAUGCUUUCAUUCCUCCAAUUGGGAAUAUCCUGCUUGACGAUCCAUCAUUGAUGAUCAAGGACUUACACACGCAAUACGUCUCGGCAUCCCGCGUAGAGGACAGACAAGCACGACAAAAAAUCAUCUCCAUUGAGGACCAAGUGGCUGAGAAAUGGAGGCGGAUCAGGCUUUUCUACUCCGCUGCAAUCCACCUUGACGAGGGCAUGAAGGAUACGAUCGACAAGAUCCUGCAAGCAUGGCCUUCCAGUAAUUCGCCGGCUUGGGACGUUGAUCAUCCUUCAACCCAGAUGCCGCGACCCGGAGGUGGUGGAGUUGUCCACAACCCACCGCGAACAUCUGGCAGGAUCGAAUACCCUGCUGCCAUCGUUAAUGCAAAGCCCAGAAAAAGGCAGAAAGACCCGGGCGCUCCGCAAGCUGCAGAUCAACCACCAGCAGCACAAGCACCAGCAGAGGCAGCGCAAUUUGACGUGCAACCAGUGCCAAGAGUCGAUUUGGACAGAAGAUCGUUCGAGACUGCAGACACUCUCUACAGAAUCACCGGUCCUCGCCAAGCAGGGUCUCUUCCCUGGACAGACGUGCUUCAUUUCAUGCACUUUCUUGGCUUUAACCACUCAGCAGCAGAAGGAUCACGCGUGACGUUCACACCUGUGAAGGGCGUGACCUGGGAUCGUAAUGUCGUGCUCCAUAAGCCUCAUCCGAACAGCCACUAUGAGCCCUACCAGAUCCACAAUAUGCGACAGCACUUGGAGAGUGUUCUGCAACUAACGAAAGACUCAUUCAUGGUCACGCAGUAG